AUGGCCCGUGGACCACAUGGUUUCCUUUGCAUAGCUAGCUGGCCUAGCCUGGGUGGCUCAAUCUCUGUGGCUGAGCGGGGAGCAGUCCGCAGUCCACACAGGCUGCUCAUCCUAUCACCAUCCCCAUCGUCGUCGAUUCAUCGUCGAUUUGGCUUGGGGAAUAACGCAGAGCAACGACCAACGAGUGAAAGCAGCCCAACCCGGGGGAAAUCGCAUACGCUGCCGUUACCGCUGGAAGGGGGAAUUACGCACCCGGCUGGCCCGAGGCUUACCGUACAUUACAUACAUUACAUACAUUACAUCACCACCUGCGCCGGCCGAUCCGCCUCAACCCCACAGCAAAACCUGCGAUUCCUCCUCCUCCUCCUCCUGUUUUCCCUUCUCUUCUUACUCUUCUUGCUCUUCUUCAAUGCUCUAUAUCCUCUUCUAGCUAGCCAGGCGAUUGUGCUCUGGCUUCGCCAUGCCGCUCUGCCGAGCUGUUGA